AGUGCAGCGCCGGGGAGGGAGCGCGGCUAUGGAGGCGGUGCGGGCGCAGCGGCUGCAGCCCGGGGUGGGCGGCGGGACCCGCGGGACCCGGCCCGGCCUCACCGGGGCCCCCGCAGGGCUCGGACCGGCACCGGGAACGGGCUCGGCGCUGGGGCCGGGGCUGGGGCUGCCGCCGCCGCCGCCGCCGCUGGGCCUGCAGGGCCCCCCCGCGCCCCCCGGGCCGGGGGCCGGGGCCGUGCCGGGGCCGCCCGCGGUGCUGCGAGAGGCGGUGGAGGCCGUGGUGCGGAGCUUCGCCAAGCACACGCAGGGCUACGGCCGCGUGAACGUGGUGGAGGCGCUGCAGGAGUUCUGGCAGAUGAAGCAGUCCCGCGGGGCCGAGCUGCGCAACGGCGCCCUGGUGCUGUACGAGAUGGUGCCGGCCGCCAGCCCCCCGUACGUCUGCUAUGUCACCCUGCCCGGGGGCAGCUGCUUCGGCAGCUUCCAGUUCUGCCCCACGAAGGCCGAGGCGCGUCGGAGCGCGGCCAAGAUCGCGCUGAUGAAUUCCGUGUUCAACGAGCACCCCUCCCGCCGCAUCACCGACGACUUCAUCGAGAAGAGCGUCUCCGAGGCCCUGGCGUCCUUCAACGGCAAUCGAGAAGAGGCAGAUAAUCCAAACACUGGGAUCGGGGCCUUCCGCUUCAUGCUGGAGUCCAACAAGGGAAAAUCCAUGCUGGAGUUCCAGGAGCUGAUGACGGUUUUCCAGCUGCUGCACUGGAACGGGAGCCUGAAGGCCAUGCGGGAGCGGCAGUGCUCGCGCCAGGAGGUGCUGGCUCACUACUCGCACCGAGCCCUGGACGAUGACAUCCGGAGCCAGAUGGCGCUGGACUGGGUGAACCGGGAGCAGAGCGUUCCGGGCGCCCUGUCCCGCGAGCUGGCGGCCACGGAGCGCGAGCUGGACGAGGCCCGGCUGGCCGGGAAGGAGCUGCGCUUCCACAAGGAGAAGAAGGACAUCCUGCUGCUGGCGGCCGGCCAGCUGGGCUCGGCGCACUCCUCCGGCUGCUGAGCCCCGGGAUCCCGCCUCGGGAUCCUUCUGGUGCUCCCAACACCCUUUCCAGAGUCCUGGCCCGUUUGCACAUUUGGAAGAAAUUUAGGGAAAAAGCUCCUGAAUGGAUCCUGGUUUAUAGAGCUGCUCCUCAGUCUCCUCAUUCCCUAGAGAAUUUCUUGUUCCUUGAGAACCUCUUAUUUGCUAGGGAACUUUUAUUACCUGGGAAAUUCCUCCUUCCUAUGGAUUUUUUUCUGUCCCUUAUUUUCGGUGUUCUAAUCCCAGGUUUUUUCCUCUCUGCACUCCCAUCAAUACUGGAGCAGGUGGGAUUCCAUGGAAUCCAGUGUUUCCUCUGGAAAAGCCCGUUGGAUCCAAUGCCUGGUGCCCCCUCCCUCCUGUAGUAGAAAGGGAUCAAUUAAACCUCCUCGAUGAGCUCCUUAAUUAAAUCUGAAUGGAUGCCAAUGCAUGCAGUGUCCAAAGGGGUUGAAAACUGCAGUUUGGAAUUAAAUCUGGGAUAAGCCUGCAGCAUUCCAGUCCCAAGCACUGCAGGAUCUGCAGUUCCCCUGGAAUUGCCCCGUCUGUAGCUAAACAUCAGCAUUGGCCUUGUCGUGGAAGGUUGGAAAAGCCUUGGAGAGUUUGAGAAUGAAGGAGGGAUUUGCACUAAUUGUUCCCUAUCUCUUAUAUCCCUAUCCAUAUGGAAUUUAGACUAUAUUUAGCUUUAGAAACCCCUUUUAUGACAAAAUGGUUCAAACAGCUCCAAGUUCACCCAAGAAAAUACCCGUUUAUCCAUGGAAAUUUCCAUUUUACUCCCCUUUUCCCCAGCAGGCUGGAAAUACAAACUGAUUUCCAAGCCAGAAUUCCUUUUUCACCCCAGCUUAGAGCUUUUGCCACUUCUUAUCCCCUUAAACCCUUAGGAUUCCAUUAUUCUCACCCCCUUUCUUCCCUCUGCUUGACCACAGGAUAUUCCAGCAAUAAUCAGUGUUUUAGGAUAAAAUUGGAGCAAUUCCAUUAUCUGUAGGUACCCCAUUUUUAUAUCCGCAUCCUAACAAGCCUAUUUUGGGGGUUUAAAUAUUUUUUAUACUUUCUAUAAACACUAUUAACUUUUGAUGUCGCUGGAAAUGGGAUUUAAAAGGGAUGGGGGAUUGUGGGGUGUCACUUUACUGAAAUGUUAGAAAAAUUUGAUUUAGGAAUAACAUGGAGUUAAUCCCGCAAUUUAUUCCCCUGAUUCCGCACAUAAGGGAAUCCCUGAAGUUCCUCCCAGCACUUCCAGCAGCUUCUUUAUGCUCCACAUAAACAGAUCCGGGAGGAUUUUGGGAGUUCCAUCGCUGUGGAGGAAAAUUUAAAAAAAAAAAAAAAAAAUUAAAAAAAAGGGAAGAAACCGAGAAUUCCAUAGCUUUUGGAAUUGAGGAGCCAGUUUGGAGGCUCCGGAUUUCCGUGGAAGGUGUAAAAUUAACAAGUUUUCUCAGUAUGGAGAAACUUGUGCUCCUUGUCGAGGCAGUGGAAUUACGGGAAUCUGGCGGGAUAAACACUGCAGUGGAUUUUAUACAAUAAACCCAGCGAUUUUGAUUAA